UUUAUUUUUGAAAAUGACCUUUGCUUUUUAGUAUAGAACAUGAAAUUCAUUUGCCUAUAAAUAUGAAGGGCUAAGAGUUCUUCUUCAUCCUCAGAAAAGUCUGGCAGAAGCAAAGGAUACUUUGAAGUCUGAAGCAUCCACUUCAAAGAUUAUUAAGCCUAAAAGAUCAUGGAAAGCUCUUCCCCGCUUGCUCCUAUUACCAAGAGGUUAGAAGGAAAGGUAGCUUUAAUAACAGGUGGAGCCAGUGGCAUUGGCGAGAGCACCGCAAGACUCUUUGCUCACCAUGGUGCCAAAGUUGUCAUCGCCGAUAUCCAAUCUGAGUUAGGUCAUUCUGUAGCAGAGAAAAUCCGGUCAGAAACUGGACAACCAGUUAUAUACGUAGAUUGUAACGUUGUCAAUGAAACAGAAGUGGAAAACGCAAUAAAUAAAACUGUGUCAGUGUAUGGAAAGCUUGAUAUAAUGUUCAAUAACGCAGGCAUAGCUGGCAGUCUAAACGCUAGUAUAUCGUCAGCUGAACGUGAAGAUUUCAUGCGAGUCCUCGAAGUAAAUGUUUAUGGUGGAGUGUUAGGAGCCAAACACGCUGCAAGGGUAAUGAUCCCAAGAAAGAAAGGUUGUAUUUUAUUUACCGCUAGUCUUGCUUCAGCUUUAUAUGGUGCACAACAUGCUUACACAGCUUCAAAACAUGCCGUUGUUGGUUUGACCAAGAACUUGGCCGUAGAGUUAGGGCAAUAUGGUAUAAGAGUUAAUUGUAUUUCACCUGGUCCUGUACCAACUGCUUUAAUCACUAAACCAUUGGGUUUAGAUGCGAAGCAAGUGCAAGAAUGGGGGUCUGAAAUGGCAAAUUUGAAAGAAGUGAAAUUAGAUGCUGAUGAUGUUGCAGAGGCAGCUUUAUAUCUUGCAAGUGAUGAUUCUAAAUUUGUAAGUGGGUUGAACCUUUUUGUUGAUGGAGCUGCCAGCUUGCCAGUUACUACAAAGAUUUUAAAGCACUAAACCUUUUUUGUAUUAAGGCCUUCAAUUUCUUUUAUUAGAUUCAUACUUUCCAUAACAAUUUUGAUCAAUUUCAUAUGAAUUUUAGUAUGUAUUGUGCACUAAUUAAUAAAAUUCAGUCAAUUAUUUCU